AUGAAUGAAACGUCGUGCCCCCCUGUGACGUCAUCAACCAAUGAGCUGCACCUGCAGCGGCAACAAGAGGCGUCCACGCCGUCGUCGCGCACGCACGCACGCACGCACUCCCGCCAGGCUCGCCCACGCCACGGACGCCAUCACGUCACAUCGUCACCCUUUAUCACCCAAACCGCCAUGGGCCUCACAGGCAGCGACGGCGUGGCCGUGGAAAGACGUGUCGACCUGGCGUCCCUCUUCUGCAUGAUCGGGCGGCACGGUCCGGCCGUGGCUCUGGCCGUGUUCGCCGUGGUGUCGGUGCUGGCGGGCUACGUCAUCUACCGAGCCGUGAGGAGGAGGAAGACCGAGGAAGAGAAGCACCUUCCCGCGGGGGGCGACGGGUCCGCGCAGGCCGGACUGGAGGCAGCGAGAUCCGCUGCUUCAACAGGAGUUACAGAUGACGACUUUCUGGACGUGAAACAAGAGGAUGAAGAAACUGAAACUCAACCCCAAGUCCGGCAACGCCGUGCUGCUGCUGAGAGGGACUCUUGGCUCUGUUCUCCCCCUCAGACUGACAUCCGAGCACCAGUCAGCCACCAUGAUACCUCACCCCACAUGCAAACUGUGCAGUCCUGGUCCAUGGAACCAUAUGUGAUCUUUGAGGAGCCAGGUCUGACCCUGCAAAGUGCGGUGGCGGAAGUACAGGAGGAGGAUGCUGAGGUCUGCUCCUCCGGUGCCAGAGUGGACGCCGUGAAGGAUGAAGAGAUUCCACGGAGCAGCUUGGUAGAACCACCUGAGAUCUGCCAUGAAGAGCAUGACCAACCACGCUGGGAUCUUGUCACAGAUGAGGGUAUUUCAAUGAAAAACUCCACACAAGAGGGAAACUUACAGCCUUUGAGUCAAGUUGUGUACAUGGAGGAACCCCUUGUCUUGGAGGAAUAUGUUGAUCAAGAUAAACAAGACAUUGGAUCUACGCCAGACACGGAAACCGUGGAACUGAACACGACACACACAAGCCUUGAAAAUGUCAAUCGCCACCAAAACAAUCUUCAAGAAGAGGAGAGAACAAACGAGGUCAUCCAGGCUAAAGAUUGUGAUGAAGGAGAUCACUCGAACAACACAGCUGUUCGCGUUGAUGCUCAGUCGGAAGAACAUUUGGAGCAAGAGGACCACAGCCUGGCAUGCAACCUAGAGACGGAUGUUCUUCAUGACGAACCUGUGGAGAGUUGUCCGAUUAGUGUCCACAGUGAAGACAAGCCAAGUGUCCCUAUCAUGGUUGAAGAACUUGUGGAUGAACUCGUGUCACGUAUCACCUCUGAUGCCUUGGGCUCUUUUCAUUACAAGUCAACAAAUGACCAACCACGGAAUGUAGAAGUUCCAACUUUGGAUGAAGAUGUUGAACCUCCAAUGCCAUCAGAUCAAAGUCAAAGUGUGACUGGAAUGACUGAAAGUGGUUCAACCACAGUGGAAGAUGAGGAACCGGUCGAACAUAUGUCCAAGCCUCAUGUUCUCGUCGAUGAUGAUCAACAAAGCGUCCAAGAGAUGAACCAGUUCGAACCUCCGAUGCCAUUGGCUCAAGUCCAAAACAUGAUUGAAAAUGAUUCAACCACAGUGGAAGAUGAGGAACCGGUUGAACAUAGGUCCAUACCCCAUGUUCUCGGCGAUGAUCAACAAAGCGUCCAAGAGAUGAACCAGUUUGAACCUCCGAUGACAUCGGCUCAAGUCCAAAUCAUGACUGAAAAUGGUUCAACCACAGUGGAAGAUGAGGAACUGGUUGAACAUAUGUCCAUACCCCAUGUUCUCGGCGAUGAUCAACAAAGCGUCCAAGAGAUGAACCAAUUUGAACCUCCGAUGACAUCGGCUGAAGUCGAAAACAUGAUUGAAAUGAUUGAAAAUGAUUCAACCACAGUGGAAGAUGAGGAACCGGUCGAACAUAUGUCAAAGCCCCAUGUUCUCGUCUAUGAUGAUCAACAAAGCGUCCAAGAGAUGAACCAGUUUGAACCUCCGAUGACAUCGGCUCAAGUCCAAAUCAUGACUGAAAAUGGUUCAACCACAGUAGAAGAUAAGGAACCGGUGGAACAUAGGUCCAUACCCCAUGUUCUCGGCGAUGAUCAACAAAGCGUCCAAGAGAUGAACCAGUUUGAACCUCCGAUGACAUCGGCUCAAGUCCAAAUCAUGACUGAAAAUGGUUCAACCACAGUAGAAGAUAAGGAACCGGUGGAACAUGCGUCCAAACCCCAUGUUGUCGUCUAUGAUGAUCAAGAGGCAAACCAGUUUGAGCCACCGGCUGAAGUCCAAAACAUGAUUGAAAAUGAUUCAACCACAGAAGUUAAGGAACCGGUCGAACAUAUGUUCAAACCCCAUAUCUGCCCAAGUGCCCAAGAGAUUAACAAUGUAAGCAUCAUUGACACAAUUACUGAAACUGAUCCCUCCAUUCAGGAUCUGAGGGUUGACUCUGCAGUCGAUACAGAUGCUACAGACCAAACCUUCCACAAGGGCAUCUCCUCUCAAGACCAACAAGAUGUCCAAAUUGAAGAUUUUUCCUUUGUCGUCAUUGAUCCUUCUCCUGAAAUGACCCUACCGCUCUUCAUGCCAAGCGAUCUGAGGUACGACGACAUGACAUGCGGUGUCGGUGAGGAGAGCGGAAUUUCCAGCAUGGCCGUCAGCCCUGAACUAACUGACCCUGGGAAUCACUUCAGUGCCAUGGAGCUUCCGGUGAUGGAUCAGGAACCACCCAUGAAGGAGAAACCGGAGACUCCAACUAGCCUCUUUGCCGACAAUGCAAGUCUGUCAGUAAUGGGGGAAGUGGAAGCGGCAAUGGGGUUUGAGCCUCAACCAGAUCCGCUGUCAGACCGUUCUGAUCGUGACUCAUUUACGGUAAACCAGGUUGGAGACCAAAGAGUAGAGAUGAGAAGUGAUGAGCAGGAUGUGAAAGUACCAGAAAGUGUUAAGGAGAAAAGGGAUUGUGCAGAAAAUAAAGAAACCGAAAAAGAUGAGACCUUUGCAAAGACUGAAAUAAAUAUCAUGGAGGCCACUAUGGACCAUAACGAGUGGAUCACGGAUAGUAACCAACAUCUUCCCUGGAUGAACCUCACACUGCCGUCUUUUGGCCAGCAUCACACUGAAGAACCAAAGUACACCGAUUCAGAGCCCCCAUGUGAAGUCCAACAAACCCACGUUCUUCAUGAAAACCUGGGAAGUAGGAACGUCAGCGUGACCUUCCGUGUCCACUACCUCACCCAGUCGCCCUUCCAGAAGUUGGCCGUCACAGGAAACCGGCCGGAGCUGGGAAACUGGAAGGGGUACGUCCCUCUCGAGAGCGCCGAGGACGGACACUGGGCGGCCGCGGUGAGUCUUCCCGCCAAGAGCCUCGCGCAGUGGAAGUUUGUGGUGGUGGACCAGGGGGAGGUCCGUCGCUGGGAAGAAUGCGGCAACAGACUGCUCGAUACUACGGGAUGCGGCGAAGAUGUGCUCGUGCAUAAAUUUUGGGGUUUUCUGUGAGGGGCGGUUGUAGGUCAUGAGGUGUGUUGGGUACUAUUUUAACGCAGGGCUUUUUUCUUCUCCAGUAUCCUCGUGAUUUAUUGUUUUUAAUUAUGAAAUGGUGGGAAAUGGCAGGUUAGACACUUUGGGAAGCAAAUAGGUUCAUACUCAGACGUUAGACAGAAUGCAUUAAGUUCUAUAAAUAUAUUUCACAUUGGUGUGUUCCGACUGAACUGUUAGAUGUCACCUGACAGUGUUUGUAACUUAGCACCAGUCGGAUUGUUCUGACUUCCAACUCACGGAUUGUGUCACUCGCGUCCAGAACAAUAUUAAAACACCCGUUAAUUCACAAUUGGCACUUUUGUUUAACUGGGCGAGCUACAACUUAGAUGUUCAAUUGGUGUAGAAACUGCAAUACUGUUUUUUUCAUGAUUCUGCUGAUAUCCAUUCAGUGUGUGCAUACAUACAUACAUACAUACAUACAUGCACGCACUUGACUCACAGCAAUAAUCAAAGCAAUAACGACUAUCAAUAGCCAGAUAUUGUUGCAAACUACAAGUGUGAUUCUGCGGUUUUUCCCUGUGUGCAUGUAACAGUCUCACUUCAUCCAGUGCCUUUUAUAAGACUUAUCAAAUGUUUUUUAAAAUCUAUAUUCUCAAAAUGGUAUCUUAUUAUGCAAUCUUGUGAUGUUAAUGCUGGAUGUAUGUAUUGCAAAUAAAUUGUCAGUCAUAAGUGGAAUAUAUGUCGCAUAUGAAUACAUUUAAUAAAGGCCAGUUAAUUACAA